AUGGCAACCAACGGUAACUACACAACCCCGGACCAGUUCAAGGACACUGUCGAGCCAACAUCAUCAGGUUCCACCGCUACCAACGAUGCCGCAUCGGCCGGUAACAACCACCUCAGUAAGGAUGAGGUUGGCUGGUACUUCGUCGAGCAAUACUACACAACCCUAAGCAAGAACCCGGAUAAGCUUCAUCUCUUCUAUGGAAAGCGCUCCCAGUUCGUUUACGGCAUGGAGGCAGAGGUUGCCAAUGUUUCUGUUGGUAGACAAGCUAUCCAAGAGAGAAUCAAGAGCCUCGACUUCGAGAACAGCAAGGUCCGCAUCACGAAUGUCGACUCCCAGGCCUCGUUCGACAAUAUUGUCAUCCAGGUGAUUGGUGAGAGCUCCAUCAAGUCAGCCGAGCCGAAAAAGUUCGUCCAGACUUUCGUCCUUGCGCCCCAACCCUCCGGCUACUUCGUCGUCAACGAUAUCCUGAGAUACAUCAACGACGAGGACGAGGAUGAGCCCGUUGCCGAGUCCGCUGCCGCCCCCGAGGAGCAGGCUGCCCCUGAGGUGGCCGAGGCCCCUGCUCAGCCAGAGGUCCAGCAACCCGCAGUUGAAGAGACCCCCGAGGAGGCUUCCGGAUCUGCUGUUGACGCCGACGGCUUAGAGAAGAAACUGGAGGAGGCCAGCGCAGCCCCCGAGGACGCUGCUCCCAACGGCGAGGCCGAGACUGCCGCUCCCGAGCCCACCAAGGUUCCCGAGCCCAAGGUUGAGGAGCCCGCAGCCGACGUGGACGCCACUGCUAAGGCGAUUGCCGAGGAGGACAUUAAGGAGCCUGAGAAGCCCACCGACCCCUCCCCUACUCCUGUCGCGGCUACCAAGGCUCCUGCCGCUGAACCCGAGAAGCCUGUGCCCGCUCCCGCUCCUGUUCCCAUGAAGCCCAUGUCCUGGGCCAGCCGUGCUGCUGCCGCCGUCGGACCCAAGCCCGUCGUCCCUCUCCCCAAGACUGCCACUCCUCCCGCUCCUGCCCAAGCCAAGGCUCCCGCCCCCGCUGCUGCCUCUCCUCAACCAGCUGCUGCCGCUGCUCCCACCGCUGCCAAGGAGCCCCCGGCCCAGGCUGCGAAGGAUGAUUCUCCCUCCGCCGAGUGGCAGUCCGUUGGCGCCGACUCCAAACGUCAGAACCGCCCCCAGUCUAUCUCGCAAGCGCCUACCGAGAACUACGGUACGCUGGGAUACGUUAAGUACGUGACCGACAAGGUCAAGGCGGAUGAUCUCAAGGCCGCGCUGGCUGCCCACGGCGAGCUCACCUACUUCGACAUCAACCGCCAGAAGAACUGCGCUUUCGUCGAGUUCGCUACCGUCGCCGGCUACCAGGCUGCCGCAGCCGCCAACCCCCACACGGUCAAUGGCGAGAACAUCAUUGUUGAGCCCCGCCGCCCUAAGGCUACCGCCUACGGCGGCAGCAGCUACUCCACCCCCCGUGGCAACGCCACGGGUGGCGGUCGUGGCCGUGGUGGAUUUGAGGGAAACCGUUCCGGCAGCCAGGGAAACGCCCGCGGUAACUUCACCGGUGGUCAGGCCCGUGGUCGCGGCAGCGUUCGUGGCCGUGGUGCCUCUCAGACGGCCGCUUAA